CACACGCACACGCACACAGACAAACCCAAGCCCUUCGUCUGCUCGGUUUGCGGGAAGGGUUUCGGCAAAGCUGCCUCGUUACGGGCCCAUCAGGCCAUUCACACCGGACAGAAGUCCUUCCACUGCGACCACUGUCCUCGGACCUACAACCGUUUGGACAACCUGAGGAGACACCAGAGAGGCCACAUACUGGACAAGGCCUUAAUCUGCACGGAUUGUGGACACCGGUUCCCUGACCCCGACUCUCUCCGCUCCCACCGCCAACUGCACGCCUCCCGGCACGGGUACACGUGUCACGUGUGCGGGGACAGCUUCCCGGGGUCCCCCGAGCUGGCUGGACACGCGUGUCAUGUGGGCGCGCGAGACCCCGAGGUUCGGACCGAGCAGGAAACUGGUCAGAACGACGACGACGGCAAGAAGAAGAAGAAGGAAUUGGAUGAUCAAGUCAAUCGGGGAUUGAACCCCAAUAUCAACAACGUUGGGGUUCACUCCCACAGUCCUGACCCCGACCCCAACCCCAAUAUCCCAGUGUUCAACCUCGGACUUCACCCCAACUCUGACCCCAAAGUUCACAUUAAUCCCAACGCUGACUCCGACCCCAACAAUUCGGGCUUUAACCCCCACCCCACCCUCAACCCCAACCUGAACCCUGACCCCACCCCAGUCCUCGACCCCCCAGACCCCGGUCUUGACCCCGACGACCCCAAUCCGGACGGGCACCAAGUGAUUCAUGUGGAGACGCGGUUCGAAUGUUCCUUGUGUCGAGCUGUGUUCCUCGAAGCAUCUGAGCUUCAGUCUCAUCGUCUGGGGGUCCACACGGCCAGAGCCACAGCCCCUCCCCACCCCCCUCACCGCUGGGGCAAGCGAGUCAACCACCAGCCCCCUCCCUCUCGCUCCGCCUCUCGUUCCACCUCUCGUUCGUCCUCCAAACCCUUCCGAUGCCCUUUCUGCUCCCGAGUGUUUGUGGAGGCCAUUGGCUUACGGUCCCACCACUGUCUGGGGGCUGGGGGUGGGCAGCCCUAUCGCUGGGGAGUCAGAGGACAAACCCAGAGCCGCAGGAAACCCCCCACCCCCUCGCAGGCCCUCCCCACCCCCUCGCUCAGGUCCUUCAAGUGCGACGUCUGCCCAAAAAUCUACAACCGUCUGGACAACCUGCGUAGACAUCAACGCAGUCACUCGAGCCCACAUCAGGGAGGAGGGGAACCGGGGGCUUCUCUACCCGUCCCUGAGGAUCAGGAGGUGGCGGAGGGGCCUUGGGGGGUUCAAGAGAAGGGGGUGGAGGCUGAGGAGCUGCCCGUUGACCCCCAACCGGGCCAGGAAGGUGCUCUGAGAUGCGAGGACUGUCAGGAGGUUUUUGUUGACCUUUUCUCGCUCCGAACCCACCAGCUGAUCCACACCUGGGAGCAGAGCUUCCAGUGCCAGGUCUGUCGGGAAACUUUCCAGGAUUCGGGGUCACUGACCGAACACGAGUUGAGCCACGCUGCGUCCGUCACCAAGACCGAGCUGCCCCCCUCCUCGCCUCCCCCCAAGCUCCAGGUGCCCCACGUGUCCGAGACCCUCUGCAAGUGUCCCGUUUGCGGAGACACCUUUCCCAGUUCCUCGUCGCUGGAGAACCAUCAGCUGAUCCACAGUUGGGAACGUCCCUUCAAGUGCGACGUGUGCGACGACCGGUUUGAAGACUCCUCGUCGCUGACCGACCACCAGCUCUCGCACUCCUCGUCCCUGACCGACCACCAGCUCUCGCACUCCUCGUCCCUGGCCGACCGCCAGCUCUCGGGCUCCUCUACGGAGAAUGGCUGUCCCAUUUGUGGAGAGACUUUCCCCAGUUCCUCGUCGCUGGAGGACCAUCAGCUGAUCCACAGUUGGGAACGUCCCUUCAAAUGCGACGUGUGCGAGGACCGGUUUGAAGACUCCUCGUCUCUGACCGACCACCAGCUCUCGCACGUCUCGGCGGAGAGUCUGGGCUUCAACUGCACGGCCUGUGGAGACACCUUUCCCAGUUCCUCGUCGCUGGAGCAGCACCGCUCGUCGCACGUGUGGCAGGGAGACUUCGCGUGCGACCUCUGCGACGAGACCUUCUCCGAGCCGGCCUCCUUGCGCGUCCACCGCGUGUGUCACGGGUGGGAGAGGGAGCCCUUCUCCGGGGCCGAGGAGGAGUCACAGACACACGUGCCCAGACGUUGUCCGACCUCAGACAAGCCGUUCAGCUGCUCCGUGUGCGACAAGGGCUUCAGCCAAGUGUCCGCCCUUCGCGCCCAUCAAACCAUCCACACGGGGAACAAACCCCAUCACUGCUCCGUGUGCGGACGCACAUACAACCGGCUCGACAACCUCCGACGCCAUCAAUAUUCCCACCUCAAAACCCCGGCGUGACCACAAGUCACGGCAUCGCCUCGUUAUCAUUCUCUCUCUCGCUGACACGUCACCGUGACCGGCCGCGUGUCCUGACGCGCGCACACGGACACCCGUGACCGGCCGCGUGUCCUGACGCGCGCACACGGAAACCCGUGACCGGCCGCGUGUCCUGACGCGCGCACACGGACACCCGUCACCGUGACCGGCCGCGUGU